AUGUGGAAGUACUGUGGCUUCUUGCUGUGCGGUGCGAGUCUCGCAUUUGCUGCACCACAAAAUAGUCCAGCCACCCCUUCAGCGAGUGCAGCAAAUGAUUCUUCCAAUGCUCUCAUGACCAGCUUCCUCAACGUUUGCGGAGGGCAGCCAACUGCCUCUGUAUCAUGCGGUGCCCAUGACUCGGAAGAACAUCUCAAGACAAUCGAGGUCAGGGUCAUCUACUGGCUGUCAACUCCACUACCCUUCUACGAAAAGACGGUCCAGUAUGAUGUGGUGCAGCACGAGUCGACAGUCUCCACUACAGCAACACGAACCAUCACGAACAAUGCCACGGGCUUGGACAUGCAAAGCUACACCAGCCUGAUACCCUCCGCACAGGUAUCGCCGUCAGGACCGUAUGAUAUCUCAGAAGUCGAUGCCGUAUACGGAACGCUCGAGACAAUCGGCACGCAUGUAUUAACAUACCCAACCCCCUACGCCCUCAUCCUCAGCCGCAUCCACGUGCACCAGAUGGGCAUGUGCGACGACGGCACCGAGUUCACGACGUCAGCCUGGUUCAGCCAGCCGGCGCCAAUCCCGCUGCCCACGACGCUGCCGUACCUGAACAUGGACUCGUCGGUCAACUUCACCAUCCCAGGCUUCAACGAGGCCUUCCACAACCUGUACCCGGCCCUCGACUACUGCUCCUUCUCCGCCUUCUCGGGCCAGCCCUCGCCCAAAGUCGUCGUCGAAACCGCCGUGACCACAAACAUCCGCACCGUCUCGGCGCUGCAGGCCGACGCCACGCCGACCAGCGCCUCGUCGUCCAUGUCUGGCGGUGGUAGCAACGCGGCCGCGCUCAGCAGCGCCGCCGGCCAGCUUGGCUCACUCGCCUCGUACAUCAUCUGCGGCCUCGGCGCUUCGUGUUCCUCGUCCUCGGGCUCGUCACCAUCGUCGGCCCCUGCCUCCGUCAAGGCCGGCGCGACGGAUAGCCAUGGCCGCGCGUACUUCAUGGCGACGCCGACGGCCUCUACCGUGCCCACUGUCGCAACGUUGGGCGGCCAGGGCAGCGAGGCCGCGGUCCCGCUCUACACGCAGUCCGGCGGCGCGGUGGUGGUGCCGCAGUGGCGGACGCUGACGCCGGGGGCGGCGGCGGCGACGGUGGGGGAUGCGGUUAUGAGUGUGGGCACGGACGGGGUGGUGGUGGUGGAUGGGAAUACAGUGGCGAAGGGGGCGGUGCAGGCGGCGCAGACGGGGGAUGGGGGCGGCGGCAGCACUGGUCGCAGUCCGCCUUUAGCGGCUAUUUCUUCCAUCCCCCUCUGGCGACUGUACCAGAAGGGCUUUCCAGAGGAUGAUUUCGAGAAGUGGCACAAACAGUACGACAGGAAGGUCAUCCGCAUUUCGCCAAAUGAACUUCAUAUUUCAGGCGCUGAGUCGUACAAAAAAAUCUACAACCAACAUUCCCCUGCGAAAUAUGGAACCUUCUACGAUGCGUUCCUCGCCCCCGGAGCCCUCUUCACUCAGAGCGACAUUGGAAGGCACAGAGAAAAAAGGAAGCUGAUGAACCCGCUGUUUUCCAAGGGCUGCAUCAACAGCAUCUAUCCUCUAAUUCUGGAGAGGACGUCUUGCAUCUCGCAAAAGAUACUGGAGCGCUGUAACUCUGGGCCCAUCAAUAUUGUGGACGCCUACCGCUGUCUAACCAUAGAUAUCAUCAGUGCUUUCUGUUUCAGCAAGACUCUAGAUCUGACAAACGAAGCCCCGGAAAACUUCAGGGCCGACUACCUACGCAUUUUCGACACCGCUGUCGGAGCCCAGACCAACAUUUACUACAAUACCAUCAAAAGAAUCAUCUGGCCGAGACUCCCACUUUUGGCCACCAUGCUCUUGGAUAAGACAGUCCGAGAAACAAUUGGGCUAUUUAAACACGCGACGGUAUGCCUGCAGAUGAACAAGAACCGCACAGAAGAACUCCCUUAUCCCGUGCUGUUCGACAAGCUGGGCAAGUACUCGGACAAUGAACAGAUCUCCGAGGCCAUGUCGGUCCUCAUUGCCGGUUCUGACACGACAGCAUACACGCUAUCCAUUGGCACGUUCCACAUCUUGAACUCCCCAGAGAUUAGCGCAAAGCUCCAGCAGGAGCUGCGAGAGAAUGAGGUCGAUCCGGAUCAGAUGCCAUCUCUCUUGGAUCUGGAGAAGAUUCCGUACCUGGUUGCAUGCAUGAAGGAGUCUCUACGUAUAGCGAUGCCCGUUCCUGGACGCCUUCCGCGAAUCCUCCCCGCAAAUGGCCCACCAUUGGUGAUCGAUGGGAAGGUCAUUCCUCCCGGAUCUAUUGUUGGGUGCUCCGCAUACUCUGUUCACUACGACGAGAGCGUCUGGGGCACAGACGCUCGCCAAUUCAAGCCGGAACGCUGGCUCAUGGGCAACGCGAAGCAGCUUGAUAAUUACCUUGUGUCAUUUUCAAAAGGAUCUAGGCAAUGUAUCGGCAUGAACCUCGCUGAAGCCGAGAUUCUCACAGUAUUGGCUCAUGUCUUCCGCAAGUUUGAUAUGGAACUUGUGGAGGAAAAGCUGGUACCGCGUGAUUUCUUUGCAACAGCCCUUCCCGAGGAGGGAAUCAGAGUGAAUUUUAGGCAGAAAGGCCUUUGA